GAGAAAAGCUAGCGCCCAGAGCGUCUUCCGGCGGGAGCUGCGCUGCUCCUUAUCAUGGGGACAAUUCAUCUUUUUAGAAAACCACAGAGAUCUGUUUUUGGCAAGUUAGUACAGGAAUUUAGACUUGUAGCAGCUGACCGAAGGUCCUGGAAGAUACUGCUCUUUGGUGCAAUAAACUUAACAUGUACGGGCUUUCUGCUUAUGUGGUGCAGUUCCACUAACAGUAUAGCUUUAACUGCCUAUACUUACUUGACCAUUUUUGAUCUUUUUAGUUUAAUGACAUGUCUAAUAAGUUACUGGAUAAUGAUGAGGAAGCCUACCCCUGUCUAUUCUUUUGGAUUUGAAAGAUUAGAAGUCCUGGCUGUAUUUGCUUCCACAGUCUUGGCACAGUUGGGAGCUCUCUUUAUAUUAAAAGAAAGUGCAGAACGCUUUUUGGAGCAGCCUGAGAUACACACCUCUCCACAUGUUGAAACUACAUGUCAGUAUUACAAAGAAAAAAAUAAUGGUGAACGUUAUGUUGUUCUUUUUAGGGGAAGAUUAUUAGUUGGUACUUUUGUGGCUCUUUCUUUCAACCUGUUCACGAUGCUUUCUGUUCGGAAUAAACCUUUUGCUUAUGUCUCUGAAGCUGCUAGUACGAGUUGGCUUCAAGAGCAUGUUGCAGAUCUUAGUCGAAGCUUGUGUGGAAUUAUUCCAGGACUUAGCAGUAUCUUCCUUCCCCGAAUGAAUCCAUUUGUUUUGAUUUAUCUUGCUGGGGCAUUUGCUCUUUGUAUUACAUAUAUGCUAAUUGAAAUUAAUAACUAUUUUGCUGUAGACACUGCCUCUGCUGUAGCCAUUGCACUGAUGACAUUUGGCACUAUGUAUCCCAUGAGUGUGUACAGUGGCAAAGUGUUACUCCAGACAACACCACCCCAUGUUAUUGGUCAGUUGGACAAACUUAUCAGAGAGGUAUCUACUUUGGAUGGAGUUUUAGAAGUACGAAAUGAGCAUUUUUGGACCCUAGGUUUUGGCUCAUUGGCUGGAUCAGUGCAUGUAAGAAUUCGACGAGAUGCAAAUGAACAAAUGGUUCUUGCUCAUGUGACCAACAGGCUAUACACUCUAGUGUCUACUCUGACUGUUCAAAUUUUCAAGGAUGAUUGGGUUAGGCCUGCCUUACUGUCUGGGCCUGUUGCAGCCAACAUCCUGAACUUCUCAGAUCAUCACAUAAUCUCAAUGCCUCCUUUAAAGGGUACUGAUGAUUUGAAUCCUGUCACAUCAACUCCAGCUAAACCUAGUAAUCCACCUCCAGAAUUUUCAUUUAACACCCCUGGAAAAAAUGUGAGCCCUGUUAUUCUUCUAAACACACAAAUAAGACCUUAUGGUUUGGGUCUUAAUCAUGGACACACAUCUUAUAGCAGCAUGCUCAAUCAAGGACUCGGAGUUCCAGGAAUUGGAGCAACCCAAGGAUUCAGAACUGGUUUGACAAAUAUACCAAGUAGAUAUGGAACUAACAAUAGAAUUGGACAGCUAAGACCAUGAUGUACUGUAAUUUAAUUAAUUUUUAUGAGGGAUAUUGACUCCUUGACUUCCAAUUUAUUUUCUGAUCCAACUUUGCAUUGACUGUUCAAUCAUUUACUCUAAAUGUUAGAGAAUAAUAGACUUAUUCACAUUACAUGAAACCAAUGAAACUAUAUUUUUGUAAAAUGUAUUUGGGGCAGUGAGAACCUUCUAAAUGUUAUAGUCUUUAAAUAGGCUUCCUUUAGGAAGCAUGUUUCUCAAAAUUGAAUUCUGCAGUCUUCCGUUUUGUGGGUGACUGCAGUGUGAUAAUGACAUCAUGAGAGAACCACUUGUGGAGUGGAUCUGUCACAUUAUUAAAAAUAUAGUAGUUUCUUCAGUGAGAUUUAUAAACAUGCUCCUUGAAUAAUGAUACACAUUUUGGGAAAAGAAAAAAAUGUCCACUCAAAAAAUAAAAGUGUUUUAUAGCUUUUCCAGACUUAAUUGCUACAUUUUUCUUUGAGGUCCUCCUGAAAAGAAAAAGCAAAAUCUUUUCAUGAGAAAUUUUAGAACAUCAUUUACAAUUUCGCAGAAGUCAAAUUUUAAAUUAUAAGUUUUUUAAUAGUUUCUCGCAUUAAAAAAUUUUUCAGUUCAUUUGUAAAUAAUCUGUCGUUUUGAAAGUAUUGUAUUUUGGUUAGAUGAAUACCAAAAUCCUUUGGUGAUAUGCAAUGGAGGAAUCCCAGUUUUCUUACAUUUAAUCAAACACUGACAUAAAGUUAUAUAAUUUAUCUUUUUUGUCAUCUUUUAAUUAUCUUUUUUGCCAUUGGUUGACUUAAAUUUUCAUUUUAUUAAAAUAUAUCAAAUGUAUUACCAAAAUGCAUGGAAUUCCAUUCAUAAUAUGGAAUUUGAUAUCUUUUCAAAAUUGUACAAUUUGAGUUUACAUUAAUUUGGUGAGAAAUUGGUAAAAUUGAAUGAUUUUACAAAACGGAAUGGAUCUUAGAGUAUAGAAUACAGUAUUGUUAGAUCUGCAAUAGGCAGUUUCUAAUUUGUUUUGCUUUGCCAAAAAAUAGUGAAUUGUUAGCUGUGACUAAAUGUGAGAAUCAUAUAGAACAUUUUACUUUUUGCUUAUUUUCCAUAUGCAAAUGUUAGGAAUUUUCCAACCUGGCCAGUAUUAUUUACAAAAAGUAUAAAAAGCAGCAGUCACAAAUUACCUAUUAGAUUUUUAAAAAAUUUUAUCAGGAGUCUUAUAAUUACAGCUUUAAAGAAGGAUUUUGAGAGUGGAUUCACCUUUUCUGGAUUUCAGUACUCCUGGACUUUUAUGACUUUUCCAACCAUCAGCCAGCUAUCUAGAGAAGAUUUUUGUUUUUGUAGAAUUUACAACACUUUCUUCAAUCAACACAUCCUUUUUAAAAUAUGAGCAACCCUUCCAAAUCUUCAUAAUGGAAUAGCAAACAUCCAAGAAGUCAUCUCUGUCAAGCAGAAUUGUAAUCAUCCUUUGAAAAGUGACCAAGUUACUUUUACAUGAUGAGGAGUGGGUCUUUGUUUUGACAUCUGUAAUCCUGUUCAGCCAUCUGGCUUGCUGAAGAAAUAGAGCCCACACAAUCUUGACUGCUCAGGAAAAUGAAACUUCAUAAAAUGUAAAGCAGUCUGUUCCUUGUCCUUUGUCCUAUGUUCUCCAACUAUUACUCUACCUAUUAUUGACCCACUAUUACAGACUAAUUAUUUUCUUCAUUGACCUCAUUGAAAUGUGUAUUCAAAUCAUGCGUGAAAUUAGAGGAACUGCUAUGCUCUGAGUGAUGACUAAGAUGUAUAUCUGUUGCCCUGUGCAUCUUCUCCAUCCCCAUCAGGUUUUUUUAAGUGUCUAGGUAUGGAACAUAGUUCUGCAUAAGGUUAAAUACCUACUUCCUUAACCUCCCAUUCAGAGGCAACACCUAUGCAGUUGUCCUACCAAAGGUGCUUUGAUACCCACCUACGCUAUUUGAGAAGGUUCCUUUGGGUUUUGAAGUAUUGACUGUUUGUGCUGAAAUUCAGUAGUGCCAAUUGCUGCAGGUGACAUUGGUCCAUGCGUUACUAUAUAGAAGUCUUAUUUGCCAAGCUCUGGCCAGCUUCUGUAUAUGAAAAAAGAAACUUGGGCAGCAUAGGCCUAUUGGCAGUAGCCUUAUGAGUAAAUGUUACUAUGGAGUCACUUUAAAAUAGAUGAAGGGUGUUUGAAUUAAAUACUUGGCCUAUGAUUUAUUGUUAAGAUCAAGCUCCAUGGAGUGUUGAGAAAUCACUGUAUUGUAAUGGAAUAUGCCCUGGACUGAACUUGGAUUCCAGUCAUGAUGUUGCCAUUAUGUAAGUAGGUUUGCAACCAUGGGCAAAUCAUCUGUAAAGUUAGUGUGCAGAAUGAAUUAGUUGAUCUGUAAAUUAUGAGCUUUAAAAUGGUAUGGCUAUAUCUACAGAAUAUAUGUCCACUUAUUAAACAGAAUAUUAUGCCCAGAAUUUCUUUCCAGCGACUACCUCAACAUACAGGCCAAGUUUGAGGUGCUCUGAGAAUAGAAACUGAGCCGCAGGCAAGCACCAUUUAUGUUUUUAUUUAUUUCAGAUUUUCCUUAACUUAAAUCUGUUUUAGGUUAAAUAGAUUUUUCUCAGACUUCUUUCUUUGUGGGGAAGGAUUAUUUUGGGGAGUAUUGGAGAAAAGAUGAGGACAGAGUACCCUUAGUUUCUAUAGGGUACAAAAGAAUGGGGUACAUUUUUUCUUUCUUAAUCUCUCAUGUCACAGUUGGAAACACAUACUUGUACCAGCAACUGGAGAGGACCUGAAUUUCAAGCCUCUGAUUUAGCUGCUCAUGAACUACCAAUUUUUUGCUUGACUAAAGAAUGCUAUUCUUGGGCAUCUGGUCUGCUGCUGCUUAUAUAUGAAAAUGUUUUUUACAUUCCAAAUAGUUUGAAUUACAGUUUGAAUAAAGAACAUACAUGAAGUUUUCUCUCUGAUUUUAAA